AGGAUGUGUUUCGAUAUUUUCUUCUGCUGUUUGGUCGUGAUAUUCGGUGGUUCGUGCGGGGCAGAAUUCGUUCCUGUGCUUGUAUGGGAAUCGAACAAGCCAACAGAUGUACAGAUCAGUUCUCCUGCGUUGAAGAAGUACAGUACUGACGAUUUCGCAGAUUUCUUCAUAAAUAAAUUGUCAGCAUUUGGUAAAAAACCACUUGUAGUAGUAUUCACAGAAGAAAAUUUGAGUGUCGAGGAUUUCAGUUGGCAGGAUCUUGCGGAGAACUCAGUGUUUCCACAUUUAGAAAGUGUAAUUGCUACUGCAGCAAAUGUAGAUUUCAUUCCAUCAGUGUCGAAUCCAUUGAAGGCACUGCAGAGGCUGGAGAAACUCGGUUACCAGUGGCAGACUGUUAGAGACCUGGAAACGAUGAAUGUUCCAGAGCACGGUGGUGUCGUUAUGGUGUUGGAAAUGGAGAAUGCAAAAGUAGAUGAAGACAGACCAGACUUUUUGAGACGCCAUGAUUGUUUGAUCAGCAGUGUGUACUCUCGCUUGGUUAGCCAGGCGGAUGAUGUUGUCGCAGUGUACACAGGACGCUACAGCUCCUGGAUCGAGCCUGAGAAUGAACCAGUGCUACAUAGGGUGCGCCGGCUGUUGGUGGAGCCAGCCCCUAAUGCCACCGUCAUGCUGAUGAACACGAGCAGUAUCCUGAUUUAUGCCAGUGAUAAGCCACAGGUGACAGAAUCAGACAUCAAAAAGAUUCUGACAUUGCUGCCUGACACAGUCAAAAGGAAGGAGAGCGCCACGUACCAGAGUGUGAGGGCCAAGUUCAGUACAAACUCCACUGACCAAAUCAUUCUGGAGUUUUUCUUCUUCAACUCCACCAGCUCACCUGGGUACUGGUCACUGGAGAAUGUCACAUAUUACAUUAACAGUCCAAACCACACAAACAAAAUGGUGCUCACUCCCGAGUCUGGAAUUGUUGCCCCAGUCAUGUUCUCGUACCACUGUUCUUCCAAAACUGUGUUUAAGGCUGUCAACAUUAGUCUUACUUUCCAGAAUUUCCAGGCACAGCCGUACAUGGAGAAGACCAAGGCAUUUGAUGAUGCAUACAACUGUGAACUCUUCUUCACACCGCCCAUCUGGUCUGGACUGUUUGUUACAUCAAUUCUUGCGUUCAUUAUGAUGUGGGGCCUUGCUAUGAUCAUGGAUAUACGAACCAUGGAUCAGUAUGAUGACCCCAAGGGCAAGACCAUCACAAUCAGUGUUUCUGAGUAGAGUGACAGGCCAUGUUGUUCAGUUGGCAGUGCUACUUUGUAACUUUUAGCAGUUUGUUCUUCAAAUGACAGCAAGAGGAUUUACAUGUUACUUUCAGAUACAACGUUUUGUGUAAGGAGAAGUAUGCAGUAUGGUUAGGAUGCCUGGCCCCGGCCUAAGGAAGGAAGGACCAUUAUAUGAGGGGACAAGUGGUAGGCAGUCUUUGUCUUAACAUUCUGAUGUUCUGUUUCUCGAUACCUCUUUCACAGUUCAUAGUCAUCAGAAGCUAUACACAUUAUGAAUAUAUGUUCUGUAAUUGAGUAUUUUUCAACCCAAUGAUGUCCCCCAAUAUCCUGGAAAAUGUGAGGUAGAUUGAUGGAAACAAACAGAAAUUGAAGGGGAAUAAUACCAUCUGGGAUGGUGAAAAUCCAGCAUUUGAGAAGGGCAGUAGGCUGUUGUACUACACAGUGGUACAUGCCAGGAGUUGCUGCUCUUUCUGGUCACUGUUGUCAGAACCGAUCCAACAGAAUGAAGGAAACUUUCAGAAGUUGUUAUUCAUGGCUUCAUUAUAGUUAUAGUUUUGUGAAUCUUACCCAGAACAGUUCAGUAUUAUCAUGCGUCAGGUUGUUAAGGCCUGUUCCUAUGAAUCUCAAGAUGCCAACAUCAGUCCUUUAUUAAUAGGAACAGAAUUAAAUCAACGUUCUUUGACAAAUGUGAUGGCCACAAGACAGCCACAUAACUUGUGUAUCAGUAAGUGAAAGGUGUAAGAAAGUUAAUUUAGAUGCUUUCCAACUGUGUCAGAACAUAGAUUCAGAUUAAGAAUCAAGAAUUGUAAGAAAUGGCAGUAGCCGAUUCAUAAUAUUUAAAAUUGAGUUCUGAAAUUUUGACAUAAUAGCAAUUUUCAUUUAAGGUCAUGCAUCCUAAUGAUAGUCAUUCAAAAGAAAAUGUUUUGUCAGUACGGAAUUAAAUAUUCUUUGUGUUGCUGCUGUAUAAGGCCAGUGGUAAUGUUUAUGUUUUACUGCUUUAGGUGCCGCAGGCAUUGAAUUGAUCAGUCAUUAGAAUGCAUUUAUGUAGAAGUGGAUCUCACUGUUAGUGCUUCACAAUGCGUUAUUGAGCGUUAUGCAGUAUACUUCUUUGGACAGUGGGUACAUUGUAUGGCAAAAUGUUUUAAUGGAUAAGAGCAGUGUUGCCAUCCGAACAAUAUAUGUUUGAGCCAUUUCAGCAGCAAUUAUAUCUUUCCUUGAAACUAAAAUAUAUUGCUGCAAGUCUGAGUAUUGUAAAUUGGCCAAGCAGAAGGUGAAAAAUUAAGUGUCCGGCAGUGUAACAAGGUUAAAAGCCUUUCCAGUGUGUCUGGGUUAAGGCCUUCACAAUCUUUCAUUCCAGUAGAGUUUGAUUCUGGCAGCAGAUAACACUUGUUAAUAGUAGUCAUGCCGCAGAAACUGUCAUAUGCUGUAUUCAGGAGUGUUGAACUGAUUAUUGUUACAAUUUUUAAUCAUUAUUUAUUUGCAUGUAUCAUCACUGUUUCAUUCAUAAUGGCCUGUAGUCCUGUGUCACAGAAAUGAGAGUACCGAUCAUACAACAGCAUUAAACAGAGUAAGUGAGGUUCUUUUCAUCAGGGCUGCUUACCUGAGGCAUGAUUUAAAGUUCUUGAUUAUUUUGUCCAAGAGUUUUGCUGUCAGAGGACCACUUGUGAUGUGUCAGAAGUGCAGGCCCUGUGCAGUCAUGAUGCAAUGUAAGAUCUUUGUAUUAAUAAUAUC